CAUCGCGCGAUUGCGCAUGGUUAUGUAACCAAGUGACUGGCGAGUCGCAUCUGACGUGUUGCGUCAAACGUGGUCGAAGCUGAUCGAAGUGGACUUCGCGCUGCGACGGAGUAUCGUCGUUGUGCGCUCGAAUCGAUCGUGAUCCGACGGGAAGUCGCAAACAGCGAAAAUGCCACGACGUGCACGCGCCGCCGCGCCUCCCCCGCGAACCGUCAGGCCCACGCCUGCUCCGGCCAAAGCCGCACCUCCACCAUCCUCAGUGCCAGCCCAUGCGCCCGCAUCGACACCCAUGGUGGCCCAACCACAGCAGCCGUCCCUCAUGGGUCAGAUGGCCGCCACCGCGGGUGGUGUGGCCAUUGGCUCCGCUGUGGGACACACCAUUGGACAUGCCAUGACUGGACUUUUCAGUGGUGGGUCCAGCGACGCCGCCACACCAGCUGCGCCAGCAGUAGCUGAAGCUGUUCCAAGCUCAGUACCUGCUGGUACAGCUUGCUCAUGGGAGAUCAAACAGUUCCUGGAAUGUGCUCAAAAUCAGUCGGACUUGUCCCUCUGCGAAGGUUUCAAUGAGGCACUUCGUCAAUGCAAAGCUGCUAAUCGUCAGUAGUUCUGUCUCAUGUUGUCGCUUGAUAUGCUGUAAAUCAACAUAGGAAGUGGAGAAAUUAGAGAUGAUUCCUAGACAAUGAUACAUGGCGGUACUGUAGCGUAUAAUGCUCCAUGGUGACUUAGUUGGGUGUUUCUUGUUAAUUUUUACCGUUAUACACACGAAUACAAUAAUUGUGAGCGAAGCAGUCUUGGAUCCAUGCCUUGUACCUAAUCCAUAUAUUUUAGAAUGCAUAAUAAUAAAAAAUUGUCUGUUUAAACUUUAUAGUCGCGUCAACCUCCCUGAUCUUUUCUGUAAAUCUUUCUGUGUAAAGAUGCACCUUACAAUAAUAUGACUUGAAUAAACUACAAUAGACACAA